AUAAAAUAAAAGUGGUGGGGUUAACACACAAAAUAGGUUUCUUCAUGGCACAUUACAUAUGAAAAUAGUGAUAACUUUAUUAUUAAUUAUCAAAAAUAUAUCAAAACAAAAGGGUAUAUUUGUAUAAAUAAUAAAAUUGUCAAGAGUAUUAAUGGCAGAAGAGCAUUUAUAUGGAUAUAAUCCAACGCCCGGCGUUGAUGACGACAGUAAUGAUGAAUCCAUCAGAAGGCUGAGGCUGAAAGUUAUUGCUGGUCAUCAGCUGGCUAAGAAAGAUAUUUUUGGUGCUAGUGAUCCUUAUGUUAGGAUCGAUUUGUAUCCAAUCAAUGGCCAUGAGACUGUCGACUCCGUACUUACUAAAACUAAAAAGAAAACAUUGAAUCCUGUUUGGGAGGAAGAGUUUUUAUUUAGAGUAAAACCAUCUGAACACAAGUUAGUUCUUCAAGUAUUCGAUGAAAAUAGAUUAACACGUGAUGAUUUUUUGGGUAUGGUUGAAUUAAAUUUAAUGAAUUUACCUAAGGAACAAUUCGGUAGAAGUAUUCCAACAAAACAAUACAUUUUACGUCCACGCAGUCAUUCCAGUCAAAGACCUAAAAUAAAAGGCACACUAGAGUUAUACCACGCGUACGUGACAGACGAUUCAACAGCUGAAAAUGGUGAUGCCGACAUAGCAUCUGAUUCUGGUGGAUGGGAGUUACUAGAUCAACCAAGUCCUACAUCGAAUGAUAGUCCAGUUCAACCGACUGCUGAACCGGCAGCAAACGGUCCAUUGCCGUCUGGUUGGGAAGAGCGACAGGAUGCUAAUGGUAGAACUUAUUAUGUUAAUCAUAUAGCUCGAUAUACUCAGUGGGAAAGACCGACAACACUAAAUUCAGCGCCCGUAGGUGGAGUAACUAAUGAACAACGAAGCUUAGAUACAGCAGCAACUGAAUUCCAACGACGAUUUCAUAUUAGUGUUGAUGAUGCUGAGAGCAGGCAGCAUCGAAACUCAGCAAUUAGUCAGGAUCGUGAAUUAAAUCGACAAGAGGAUGGUGUCAAUAACGGAGAUGAUGAUAGUGAGGAUUGGGAUGAAUCGGGCGGUGUGAGAGAUCGCGAGUCUUUAACGCGUAUUUCCGGCGAAUCUACUUCGACGUCUUCUACUUCUGGCCAGUCGGUUGAUCACGAUGGCUAUCUUGGAGAAUGUGACGAUCAGACUGACGACAAUGUUGACAGCCCAGCUGGUUCAAGACGAUCAUCUGAACAGCCCGCGGAGCAUCCGGUUCCUAAUGGCGAUGGACUGCCUCCAGGCUGGUGCAUGCAGUUAGCUCCGAAUGGACGUAUGUUUUUUAUUGAUCACAAUGAACGUGCUACGACGUGGGUUGAUCCGCGGACAGGAAGACCAAGUCCAAUGCCUAAUCAUAAUGUGCCUUCGGCCACUUCUCGAAGUGAUCUAGAUCAGCUGGGACCACUUCCGGAGGGCUGGGAAGAACGUGUACAUACUGAUGGACGAAUUUUCUUUAUUGAUCACAAUACUAGAACAACGCAGUGGGAAGAUCCUCGUAUGUCAAACCCUCAAAUAGCUGGACCUGCUGUACCUUACUCAAGAGAUUAUAAGCUCAAGUACGAGUAUUUGAAGUCUCAAUUGAGGAAACCUAGCAAUGUACCAAAUAAAUUCGAGAUAAAAGUUGCGCGGAAUAAUAUUUUGGAAGACUCGUAUCGUAUUAUAAGCUCAGUAAACAGAGUUGAGAUAUUAAAGACAAAGCUCUGGGUUGAGUUUGAAAGUGAAGUGGGAUUGGAUUACGGUGGAUUAGCACGUGAAUGGUUUUUCCUAUUAUCAAAGGAAAUGUUUAAUCCGUACUACGGGUUGUUCGAGUACUCAGCUAUGGAUAAUUAUACCCUUCAAAUAAAUCCCUUCUCGGGGGUAUGCAACGAAGAACAUUUAAAUUAUUUUAAAUUUAUUGGACGCAUUGCCGGAAUGGCAGUUUAUCACGGAAAACUUUUAGAUGCUUUCUUUAUUAGACCAUUUUAUAAAAUGAUGUUGGGCAAGACAAUAGAUUUAAAAGAUAUGGAGAGCGUUGAUUCAGAAUAUUACAAUUCACUGUUAUGGAUAAAAGAAAAUGAUCCAAGUGAAUUGGAGUUGACAUUUUGUGUUGAUGAAGAAAGUUUUGGACAUACAUCGCAACGCGAAUUAAAAUCAAACGGCGCAAACGUACCCGUCACUGAUGAAAAUAAAGAUGAAUAUAUAAGCCUAGUAAUACAGUGGCGAUUUGUAUCACGUGUCCAAGAUCAAAUGAAUGCAUUUUUAGAAGGUUUUAAUGCCUUGGUACCGCUAACGCUGGUUAAAAUAUUCGAUGAACAUGAAUUGGAACUUUUAAUGUGCGGCAUACAGCAUAUUGACGUAAAAGAUUGGAAAAAAAAUACAUUAUAUAAGGGUGACUAUCAUGCGAAUCAUAUUGUGGUGCAAUGGUUUUGGCGUGUUGUGCUAUCGUUUAACAAUGAAAUGCGAGCUAGAUUGUUGCAAUUUGUCACCGGUACAUCGCGUGUACCCAUGAAUGGCUUCAAAGAGUUAUACGGCAGUAACGGACCGCAAUUAUUUACUAUCGAGAAAUGGGGAACACCUGAAAACUAUCCACGAGCUCACACAUGUUUUAAUCGAAUUGAUUUACCGCCUUACGAGAGUUACCAGCAGCUCAGGGAUAAAUUGAUCAAGGCUAUUGAGGGUUCACAAGGUUUUGCUGGAGUUGAUUAGCGCGAGAUACCAUUUUUUAUGAUUAUACCUGUAAUAUAAUGUAUAUUUAUGCAUAUAGAUAUUAUUAUUAUUAUUAAACUCAAUAUGUAUUGUUUUUAAUCGCUUAAAAAAAAGAAAUUAUUAUUAUUA